GUGCUGGGUGGGGGGGCGCCGACACCGCGGCCUUCCCUUUAAGAGCCGCCACCGCCCACGGCCCGCUACUGCGGCAGGGACCUCCCCUUUAACGGCGGCAGCUCCGCUGACCCCACCGCGGCGGCUGCUGCUGCUAACUGCAGCUCCUGCUGCCUCCGCCGCUGGGCCUCGGGCAGCUGCAUCCUCUGCCGGGGCCGGGGCCCGCCCCGCUCAGCGCCCGACCCCGCCAUGGUGUCCUGGAUCAUCUCUCGCCUAGUGGUGCUCAUCUUUGGUACCCUGUAUCCAGCCUAUUCUUCUUACAAGGCCGUGAAGACCAAAAACGUGAAGGAAUAUGUGAAAUGGAUGAUGUACUGGAUCGUCUUUGCCUUCUUCACCACAGCUGAGACACUCACGGAUAUCAUAUUGUCCUGGUUCCCCUUCUAUUUUGAGCUCAAGAUCGCUUUUGUGAUAUGGCUACUGUCUCCUUAUACCAAGGGCUCCAGUGUUCUCUACCGAAAGUUCGUGCAUCCAACACUGUCCAACAAGGAAAAGGAGAUUGAUGAAUACAUCACUCAAGCCCGAGACAAGAGCUAUGAGACCAUGAUGAGGGUGGGCAAGAGGGGCCUGAACCUGGCUGCCAAUGCCGCAGUCACAGCUGCUGCCAAGGGCCAGGGGGUGCUGUCAGAAAAGCUCCGGAGCUUCAGCAUGCAGGACCUGACCCUCAUUCGAGAUGAGGAUGCGUUGCCCCUGCAGGGGCCAGAUGGCCGCCUCCGACCUGGCCCUGGGGGCCUCCUGGACACUAUUGAGGACUUAGGAGAUGACCCUGCCCUGAGUUUAAGGUCUAGCACAAACCAGACAGAUCCCCGGACAGAGGCCUCAGAGGAUGACCUGGGAGACAAGGCACCCAAGAGGGCCAAAUCCAUCAAAAAAGUACCCAAAGCUGAGCCACUGGCUUCCAAGACACUGAAGACCCGGCCCAAGAAGAAGAGCUCUGGUGGAGGUGACUCAGCUUGAGGUCCCCCAGCUGCAGAGCAAGGAGGAAGCCCCAGUGAGGGCCACAGUCCCAGCCCCUGCUCCACACUGUGCCACUAGCCCAGGUGUCUUAGGCCCUGAGGACUCCCUAAAUGACUGUUUCCAGCCUUUCCCCCGCCAGUGGACACUCCUCUGGAGGGAGCUUGGCAAAGAAGAAGGAGGCACAGCUGUGGGGGUUGAAGACAGAGACUGAUGACUGAUCCCCUAAGGAAGUGGGGGGCUCCUUGGCCAGCACUGCUCUUCUUGCUGCUCUAGCCCCGCCUGCCCACCCAGUGCCUUGCUGAAGACCACGGCCACCUCCUCUCUGAAGCUCUGGCACGCCCCCACUGCUCUUCCCUGAGUGAGAGUGGCACUCACAGCCUAGACUGACCAAGGAGUGGCCUGAAGACAUCUUGAGAAUGGGAAGAAAUGGGGCAGGCCUGGGGGCCAGGGAGUCAUUCAGGCACAGCUAUGAGUGGAGGACAUGGGCUUUAAGUGACCAGGAUGGCCCUGCCUAGAGCUGCAGCUGAUAGGGCUGUAUGCUGUAUGUCCCCACCAAAAAGAAGGUGGGAUUCCAGGGGUGUGCAUGUACGUGUGUUUGUCUUAAUGAGUGUAGGGCUGGGGAAAUUUGUGUGAAGGACUCUGCCUCUAGUGGUCACCUCUGCCCCUCUUCAGCCCUGGCCUUUCUUCCUCUUGAUCCUCCCUGCGAGUCUCUGAGCCUUAGAGGAUCCCAGCCCAUGACAGAACGAGGCUCCAAGGGACCUCUCCCCUCCCCUCACAUCCUUGAUCCCUUUUACCCAUCCCUGCCACUAGGCUGGACCAUUCCACGCUCAGGGCCCACUGUAGAGGCCCUGCCAAGCUGGCUCCUUUCCUCUCCCAUGAGGGGACCCAUCCUUGUGUUGGGGUCCCCUCCUUGUGCCAAGCAAACCCCUGUCAGAGCCAGCCUGGGCCCCGCCCUCUGGCCAAGAGGAGCCUGUGAAGAAGGACAAAGCAGGAGCCAGGCAGCUUCCAAUUCCUUGGUGCCCACUGGACAUUAGGUAUUGGAUGAGCCAAUAAAUCAGACUUUGGCACCUCA